AUGUCUACUGAGUCCAAACUCUGGCAUCCCCUCAAACUGGGAAAUGUUAACCUCUUCCAUCGCAUCGCUCUCGCCCCCAUGACCCGUCUUCGCAACGAUGACGAUCACCUUCCUCUGGACUCAGUAAUCCAAUAUUACAGCGACCGUGCCAGCAUUCCCGGAACUCUAGUAAUUAGCGAAGCAACUGGUAUAUCGAAGGCCGCCGAAGCAGCCCCCAGUACCCCUGGGAUCUCCAGUAGCGAUCAGAUGCAGCGCUGGAAGAAGGUCUUUGACGCCGUGCAUGACAAGGGAAGUUACAUGUUCAUGCAGAUCUGGGACCUGGGAAGAGCAGGAGACCCAAGCUACCUCAAGAGUCGUGGCUACAAGUACUCGUCCAGCAGCGACAUUCCCAUGGAGGGAUAUCCUGUUGCUCCCGAGGCACUUACGGAGGCGGAGAUUUGGCAGAAGAUUGACGAAUUUCGAAAGGCUGCCAGGAAUGUUAUUGAUGCGGGUGGUGACGGUGUUGAGAUUCACGCCUGUCAUGGUUAUCUCAUCGAUCAGUUCAUCAGCGAGAGCGUCAAUAACAGAACUGACAAGUGGGGCGGUUCAGUAGAGAACCGGGCUCGUUUCCUCCUAGAAGUCGUCAAAGCUGUCACCGAAGAAGUCGGGGCCCAACGGAUAGCUCUUCGCGUCAGCCCAUUCGCAACUUUCCAUUACAAGAAGUGGGAUGUUGUGGUUGCGUUUGGUCGAUGGUUCAUCUCGAACCCGGACCUAGUGUACCGUGUUAAGAAUGGCAUUCCGCUGACACCUUACAAGAGAGAGUUCUUCUACGCUGCCAAGAGCGAGUCAGGAUAUAACGAUUAUUCGUUUAGUCGAGGAUUUGUUGAAGCCACCAAGGCUUAA